AUGGGCUUGGAAGCAUUUCCGAGGGCUGAGAAACAGUCAGCAUGCCUGCGAAUAUUCAGCAAGGUCACCUCCUGGACAGUGCACGGCAUCUGGCCGACCAAGGCAGGCACGAAGGGCCCACACAACUGUCAGAAGCUGCCGUUUGACAUCACCAAGCUGACAUUGCUGGAGCCGCGCCUGCUGGAGUUCUGGCCCAACGUGUUCGCCGGGAAGUCCGUCUACUCCCUCUGGAAGCACGAGUGGACCAAGCACGGCACCUGCGCCGCCGAGCUGCCGUCGAUCGGUGACGAGCGCGACUACUUCGCGCUCGGCCUGGCCUGGGUGGGCCGCUACCAGAUGCUGCCGCUGCUUGCGGCCGGCGGCGUGCGGCCCGGCGCCGCCGCCUACAGCUGGAGCCAGGUCCGCGACGCGCUCCGGGCUCGCUUCAGCCACCACAUGGUGGUCGACUGCGAGUUAGACACGGAGACGAAGCGCUGGUACUUGUCUCAGAUCAAGAUCUGCCUGGACAAGUCGUUUGAGCUGAUGGACUGCCACAACCACGUGGAUGUCAUCACCACCAACUGCCCGGCCGAGGGCAUACUGUACCCGCCCAUCGUGCCGACCCCGGCGGCGGCGGCCAGGAGCGAGCUGUGCCAGGCGUACGUCACAGUGGCCGCAGCUGAACAGCCAGUGGGCAAUAUCACCUGGGACUUUCUUAUCUUCACUCAGCAGUGGCCUCAGACAACGUGCAUCGCGUACAAGGGCGAGAACAGUCAGCAUGCCUGCGAAAUAUUCAGCAAUGUCACCUCCUGGACAGUGCACGGCAUCUGGCCGACCAAGGCAGGCACGAAGGGCCCACACAACUGUCAGAAGCUGCCGUUUGACAUCACCAAGCUGACAUUGCUGGAGCCGCGCCUGCUGGAGUUCUGGCCCAACGUGUUCGCCGGGAAGUCCGUCUACUCCCUCUGGAAGCACGAGUGGACCAAGCACGGCACCUGCGCCGCCGAGCUGCCGUCGAUCGGUGACGAGCGCGACUACUUCGCGCUCGGCCUGGCCUGGGUGGGCCGCUACCAGAUGCUGCCGCUGCUUGCGGCCGGCGGCGUGCGGCCCGGCGCCGCCGCCUACAGCUGGAGCCAGGUCCGCGACGCGCUCCGGGCUCGCUUCAGCCACCACAUGGUGGUCGACUGCGAGUUAGACACGGAGACGAAGCGCUGGUACUUGUCUCAGAUCAAGAUCUGCCUGGACAAGUCGUUUGAGCUGAUGGACUGCCACAACCACGUGGAUGUCAUCACCACCAACUGCCCGGCCGAGGGCAUACUGUACCCGCCCAUCGUGCCGACCCCGGCGCCGGCGGCCAGGAGCGAGCUCGUCAACAUAGUGGAGGUGCAGUUGCUGGCUGAUGAGCCGCCGCAGGACCUUUACCGUUCGUGGUACGGGCUUCGCGUGUGAGAUCGGGCGGCCCGACGGCGGCCGUGGUGCGGCUCAUCACGGGCCGGGGCUCGACUCUCCUGUCCUGAGCGAGGGCUCGACUCCGGGCUCUGGCUCCGGGCUCCGUUACCGGCCGGGGCUCCACUGCGGGCUCCGUCACGGGCCAGGGCUCAACUGCAAGCUCCGUUACGGGCCGGGGCUCGACUGCAACCUCAUUCAAGGGCCAGGGCUCGACUGCGGGCUCCGUCUCGACCCGGCACCCCUCGCCCAGCGUCCGUCUCAAGCCGGCACCCCUCGCUCAGCUCCCGUUCCGGGCCGGAGUUCCGCUCUACCCGCGUUCAGUCAGAGCCUCCUGAGCCGGCGGCGUGCUGUUGUGCCGUCGUUUCGCCCCUCUUCGACGCUGGCUCCUCCCCUGGCGCAGCGGUGACCGGGCGUCUCGCCGAGCGCGCCGCGCUGGUGGUACCACCGCGGUGCGUCCAGCGCCACUUGCGCGGCUCCGGUCGGCUGCGGUCGCUCGCGCUGCCCCUUGCUCGCUGUGUCCCCCAUGGAUGCGUUAUUUGUGCACUGUUUGUAUGCACUGCCUGUGGCAUAGUACUUGCAGGCCCACUUCGCGGAGAGCUGCUGUGUGUUUGCCCGUGAAGGAUGUAUUGGCGGGAAGGGACGGGCGCGCAAUUCAAUAGACAUUUAGAACCGGCGUCAAGAUGUUGCUCGUUUGUGAGGCUCGGUGCCGUGCAACCAGACGUGGCUGUGCUCGUGUCCUGAAGAUGCUUCGCCGAUAGCAUGUGCCAGGAGUUUGACAAUGCAAUGCUUUUCAUUGAACUUGACUGUUCAUGUCGCGGAGUUGUCAUACGGCGAAUGUGGCGGUAAAAAGGAAAAUUGCACGACUUAUGCUUUGAGAUCGCGGUGUAGUUUUUAUUGGCUUUGUCUGGAGUUUCCAUUUUACCGUUCCCAGCUGGUAUGAUGAACUGAGCAUAAAGGACAGUGUUCACUUGCAAUAUGACAAUAAUAAACCUGUCAAUGUUUUC